GAAGGAGGAAGUGAUGGCUACGUCGUUCAACCACAGCGUUCGGCUCUAAAAUGUCGUCGUAAACAAACUCAAAAUACGUACACAUUCGUGGUUUAUCUACCUGAAACAAGAAAAUUAUCUUGCGAUGGUGCGGGGUGUGUGGGCGGUGCUCCGGAUGGUGUCCUGCGAGGGGGCUACUGCGCUGAAACCAAACGCUCCUGGACGGGCUGCUUCAUUGUGGCUCAGACCCACCUGCUCACCGAUCGCUUCCUGCCGCAGAGCCGUGUUCAGCGAGGCGAGACACCUACAGUCUGCCGCCAGAAUGCCCGAGAUAACCACGGAUCACCUGGACGAGAAGCAGGUGCAGCUGCUGUCCGAGAUGUGCAUCCUCAUCGACGAGAACGACCGCAAGAUCGGAGCGGACACCAAGAAGAACUGCCACUUGAACUCCAACAUCGACAAAGGUUUAUUACACAGAGCUUUCAGCGUCUUCAUUUUCAACAGUGACGAGAAGCUGCUCUUGCAACAGAGGUCUGACGCCAAAAUCACUUUUCCAGGCUGUUUCACCAACACAUGCUGCAGCCAUCCUUUACACACAGACAGUGAGUUGGAGGAGAAGGAUGCAUUAGGAGUGAGGAGAGCUGCUCAGAGGAGACUCGAGGCUGAACUCGGUAUCCCCAUGGAACAGGUGACACCAGAUGAAAUGACGUACCUGACAAGGAUCCACUACAAAGCCCAGUCAGACGGUGUGUGGGGAGAACAUGAGAUCGACUACAUCCUCUUCAUGCAGAAGAACGUGGAUUUGAGUCCAGACCCCAACGAGAUCAAAAGCCACUGUUACGUGAGCAAGGAGGAGCUGAAGGAGAUGUUAGAGAAGGCCAAGCGCAAGGAAGUGGAGAUCACACCCUGGUUCAGCCUCAUCGCAGAGACCUUCCUCUUCAAGUGGUGGGACAACCUGCAGAACCUCAAGCAGUUCAUAGAUCAUAACACAAUCCACCGCAUGUAACCCCAGACCAGGAACAGGCUCUGUCUCCAGUCAUUUCAAACCUUUGGUUGUACAUGGCCGAGCUGCCAGAGGCCUCUGACCCUCUGAUGUCGAGUAAUAACCAUCACUGGCUACUUUUCGAGGCAGUAGAAAGCGUAGGACCUCUACAUCAAAAGAGGAAGCAGAGAAGGUUUAACGGAAGAGGUGGUGAGGUUCAUGGUAGGUUUGUAGUUCUGUAGUGCAUUCAUCUACCAACAAGAGGUGAUGCAACAAGGGCUGGUAGGCUGACUCAUAGUCUUAAAUAAUUUAAAAAAAGCUCAUAGCAGUACAUCUUCUCGUCGGUUCUGAUUAGAUGCACAGUGGAUUUACAGACUGAACAGAAGUAAAGAAAUGUCACAUUUUAUAGGUAGAAAAUGCAAUGCGAUCGUUGACAGUUCCAUGAAGAGAAUAGCCUAUUUUUAUAUUAAAACUUUAAGUGCCUCAGUACAGGCCAUAAGGUUGAGAUGAGUAGUGUCUCAAAGUGCUGAUGUGUUAUCACAACAACCACCGUCACUCUGUAUAUUGCUGACAACAAUAUCGGUGAACAAGCUGUGUCUUUGUACCCUUUUACACAAUAAAGUGUUUGCUUGUGGU